AUGUUAUUAGUUAACAAACAAAAAUAUCAUUUCAGAUAUCCUUUAAAUGAACGUGAAGAGAUAUUGGGUGAGAAGGGAGUUCUGAAUGGUCUCAAGAAGGGCGGAAUCUUCGUUGAUAUGACAACCAGCGAGCCCUCUUUGGCCAGCGAGAUUUACUCGGUAGGAAAAAGCAAGGGCAUUGCUACUCUGGAUGCUCCUGUGUCUGGAGGAGAUAUUGGCGCUCGUGACGGCAAGCUGUCGAUCAUGGUUGGUGGAGACAAGAACACGUUUGAGGAAGUGAUGCCUCUGUUCCAAUGUAUGGGAACGAACAUCAAAUACAUGGGUGGAAGUGGCUGUGGCCAGCACACAAAGAUGGUGAACCAGAUAUUGAUCUCCACGAUGAUGAUCGGUGUGUGUGAAGGUCUGAUUUAUGGAUACAAAGCAGGCUUGAAUCUGGAAGAAGUGAUCGCAGCGGUAAAUAGAGUAGAAUAG